AUGAGCUUCCGGCCUUCCCCGCAGAAUAGCUCCGCCUCUCUGGACGCUCGCUUUGAACCCUACACAGACUCAAUCAACCCAGAGCCAGAAGAUACAAACAAAGUCAAUGUGCACGUCCAGCCUGUUCGCGACGAUGUGGGGCGCCCAGCCCCUCCAUGGCGUCGAGUAUCGACAGACUCAGCUUGGACUUCAUCUCCGAACGAAGACGCCCUCUCCGAAGAGCCAACCCACAAGAAGCGAUCUGGUCGCUCAAGAUUCCUGCGCGGUCUACUGCGCACCAUAGUCGGGAUCCUCGUCAUGCUAGGCAUAAUUCAAUUCGUCUCGAUAGCCUGCGGCAUCGUCCUCUCAUUCUUCCCAGAUGAAUACGACCGCGCAGCCAAAAACUGGCUCUCAAGCACCAAUGACACCAGCAUCCAAGACACAACCCACUGGCCAACCGAUGUCUCCCGUGAUAUCAUCCCAGUAGCCUGCCAUUCCCAUAACGACUACUGGCGCCGCGUCCCACUAUACUCCGCCCUACAAGCGGGCUGUAUCGGCGUCGAGGCCGACGUCUGGCUCUUCGAUGACGAGCUCUACGUCGGACAUACGACUUCAAGCCUGACGCGCGAACGCACCCUGCAGUCAAUGUACGUCAACCCACUCAUUUCAAUUCUCGAGCGCCAGAACCCUAUCACGGAGUUUCAACCGUCACUCGAUACCCCGGCCCACGGCGUCUUCGACACGGACCCGGAUCAAUCGCUUAUUUUCUUGAUUGAUUUCAAAACUGCCGGUGCGGCGACGUAUCACGCUGUCGUGGAGCAGCUUGCUCCACUGCGUGAGCGUGGUUAUCUUACUCAUUUCAAUGGCGAGGAGAUCGUAUCUGGACCUAUUACCGUUGUCGGAACGGGGAAUGCACCAUUCAACCUUAUCGAUGCAGACUCCUCUUACAGGGAUAUAUUCUUCGACGCGCCGCUCAACAAACUUGUAGACUUCCCCGAAGAUUCAGAUUCAGAACCAGAACCAGAAUCAAACCCCCUCAACAAACACACGAACGACCUAGGCCAAGGCCAAAGCGGCAUGCCCUACAAAAUAACAGCAACCACCUUCAACGCCACGAAUAGCUUCUACGCCUCCAUCUCCUUCCGCGCCGCAAUCGGCUUUCCUUGGCCGUUCCACUUCACACAGAAGCAAAUGGAGCUAAUCCGCCGCCAGGUGCGGAUUGCGCAUGCGCAUGGGUUGAAGGUUCGGUAUUGGGCGUUGCCGAGUUGGCCGCGGAGUUUGAGGAAUCAUAUUUGGAGGGUUUUGGCGUUGGAGGGUGUUGAUGUUCUUAACGUUGAUGAUCUUGUUGGGGCUACUAAGGGGGAGUGGAAUACGAGAAUUUUUGAUUGGUGGCCUUGA